UUCGUCACUUCAACGUAUUCAUCCGUAAAAUCACCACUUCAAACAUGAAACUGAUCGUAGUACUCUGCUUGGUCGCGGUGGCGGUUGCUGCCCCUCCCCCAAGAAUAAACUACUCCCAGGACAAUGUCCAAAUUACCAAAUACGAAAAUGACAACCUUGGACUGGGCAACUACAGAUUCGCGUUUGAACAGACUGACGGACAGGCGGCGGAGCAGCAGGCUGAGUUGAGGAACGAGGGUCGCGAGGACGAGUCCAUCGCAGUCAAGGGUUCCUACACCUGGGUCGGCCCCGACGGCGUGCUCUACCGCGUGACCUACAUCGCUGACGACAAUGGCUACCAGCCCGAGAUCGAACAGGGACCCGGAGGCGGCGUCCCACCCGCAGUCGUUGCAUCCCUCCUCGGUUAAUUAGAUGUUGUUAUUGAUUAAAAUUACCAAAUAUGUAUGUUAAAAGUUUGAAUAAAAAUUGAAAAACUUA